AUGAGCAUCAUUAAUAACACGCUCAAUCUGGACAUGAUGAUCAGAAAGCCUUUAACGCGUGGACUCAAAAUGCACAUUGACUUUUCUAUCAGCCUAGGCAAAUCGAAGCAUUACCAAAGCGUCUUCGCCCAUAUAGUAGACGUUUGCGGCGUUGUGUCAGCCAUACAUAAUAAUAUAUUCAAGACCUGGUUCCAGAGCAUGUUGGAGCAUGGCAACUUCAUGUACAACUGCCCCGUGACCGAGGGGCAUUACUUUCUGCGGAACUGGAGGAUGGAAGCCCACAUGGUGCCUCAGUAUUUAUAUGCUGGCGACUAUCGUGUCAAUUGCCACAUGUUCUUCGGGAAACUAAAGACGAAGCACGAGGACUUUGUAGUCGAAAUGAAAAUCUUUGCACUACUCAAAUCAAGCUAA